GUGGAAACUCCCCACAUCCACAUAUUAACGUUGGUAUGUAAGCCACAAUGAACGGUUUAGAUUUUUGAGGCAAGAUCUGAAUCAACCAGGUGAAGAGACGCAGGUCACCCUUCUCCAUUCUGAGAAGCAAAUCUGUUCCCCAAACUCGGCGUUCAAUUCGCAACUAUGACUAGUUCUUUGAGUGACUCGGGUCAAGCCCAAUGGCUCUCCCAAAUGGAAGCCAUGAAAUCAGCGCUGGCUGAACUCAGGCUGCCGCCGACCUCGAACGUCGGAAGCGACACGGACUGGGAUGACGACGACAAAGACUAUGGCUACAGCUCAGCUGACGCAAGUCACGAUGUUUGGGACUUCAUAUCGGACAGCGAACUGGACGAGAUUGCCUUCGACAGCGGUGACUUGAUGGAUGGCACCGAUGGGCUCAACGAAACCCCCUAUGGACCCUCCUGGCUCGCCGCUAGGUGCUCUGGGAUUGCAUCAAGGAAAGGUGGCGUUGGUGUUGAAGACCAGAUUAGUGAAAUCCUGGCAUCGAAGCUCUCCCAAGAUGAGCUGCAGAGUUCAUUGACCGACCUGAUCGGAUUCGAUGACCUUGAUUUUAUCACCGACCUGCUCUCUCACAGGGAUGAGAUCGUUGCUGCUCUAACACCCCCUGAGCUACCAGCCGCCGGGCGUUUAUUGACGAGAGCCCAGAGAGAAGAAGGCCUUCGAAGGCAGGAUCUUGAGCACAAAACGGCGCGCUUGGCUCCUGCCCAGUCCAAAGAGCCGCAAUACCCGCACGUGUACAAGGCUUACAAUGCGGGCAACACUCUGAGCUAUUCCGGAAAGCGAUAUGCCCUCCCCGUUGGUAGCGAGCGAAAAGAAUUCGAAAAGUACGAAAUGUACUCCAUUCCCGCGGGCCGGGUUGGUACUCUCGGGGCAGGUCGGAGACUCCUCGAGAUCUCUGAGCUGGAUGGGCUCUGCAGCAGGACUUUCAAGGGAUACACGACUCUGAACCGUAUGCAGAGUCUCGUCUACCCGGUAGCCUACAAGACCAGCGAGAACAUGCUCAUCUGCGCCCCUACUGGUGCUGGUAAAACUGACGCCGCCCUGUUGACUAUUCUUCACACUGUUGGCCAGUACCUGACCCCGAACCCAUUCGAUGACCCUCAGGCAACCGACUUCGCCGUGGACACCGAGGGCUUCAAGAUCGUCUACGUCGCCCCUAUGAAAGCCCUUGCGGCUGAGAUCACUGGGAAGUUGAGCAAACGACUCGCUUGGCUUGGUAUUCGCUGCCGAGAGUACACAGGAGACAUGCACCUGACCAAAUCCGAGAUUGUGCAGACCCAAAUCAUUGUGACCACCCCUGAGAAGUGGGAUGUAGUGACGCGAAAGGGGACGGGCGACACGGAGCUCGUGCAGAAAGUGAGGUUACUGAUCAUCGACGAGGUCCACAUGCUCCAUGACGAGCGAGGCGCAGUGCUCGAAUCCCUCGUUGCCAGGACCGAGAGACAGGUCGAGAGCACACAGUCUCUGAUCCGCAUCGUCGGUCUCAGCGCCACGCUGCCGAACUACAUCGAUGUCGCCGACUUUCUAAAAGUCAACAGGUACGCCGGGCUGUUCUAUUUCGAUGCCUCGUUCCGGCCCGUGCCGCUCGAACAGCACUUCAUUGGGGUGAAAGGCAAAGCCGGGACGAGGCAGUCCAGGGAUAACCUCGAUGGUGUUGCUUUCGAAAAAGUCCGGGAAAUGCUCGAGCAGGACCAUCAGGUCAUGGUCUUUGUCCACUCUAGACGAGACACGCUGGCAACGGCGAAGAUGCUCUAUGAGAAAGCGAUUGAUGCUGUCUGCGUCGAUCUAUUUGACCCCACUGGGCAUCCAAAAUACGAGUCUGCCAUGAGGGAUGUCAGGACGACAAGGGCCAAGGAGAUAAGAGAACUCAUCCCGAAGGGGCUUGGCGUCCAUCAUGCCGGAAUGGCCCGGGCGGACCGGAAUAUGAUGGAGAGGCUGUUUUCCGAAGGUGUCAUCAAGGUCCUGUGCUGUACUGCCACUCUUGCCUGGGGUGUCAAUCUGCCGGCAGCCGCCGUGGUUAUCAAGGGGACUCAGGUGUACAGCGCCCAGGAUGGCAAAUUCGUUGACCUUGGGAUCCUCGACGUUCUUCAGAUCUUCGGGCGUGCUGGUCGGCCGCAGUUCGAAGACGUUGGCAUCGGCAUGAUCUGCACCACUGCGGACAAGCUCAGCCACUACCUGACAGCAGUCACUGAUCAGCUCCCUAUCGAAUCCAAGUUCUCGGCCAAGCUGGUUGAUAACUUGAAUGCCGAGAUCGCACUGGGAACGGUUAGCUCGAUCCCCGAGGCCGUCCAAUGGAUCGGCUACUCGUACCUUUUCGUACGGAUGAAACGGAACCCAAUGGCGUACGGGAUCGACUGGGCCGAGUAUGCUGAAGACCCGAGUCUGGUUCAGAGACGGCGCCAGCUUGCCAUUCAAGCAGCGAGGACGCUGCAGAAGAGCCAGAUGGUCAUAUUCAACGAGACAACGGAAGAGCUGCGGAGCAAGGAUAUCGGCCGGAUUGCCAGCCAGUACUACAUACAACAGACCAGUAUCGAGAUCUUCAACACCAUGAUGCGCCCCCAGGCUACCGAAGCCGACGUUCUAAAGAUGAUCGCCAUGAGCGGAGAGUUCGAUAACAUACAGUCCCGAGACAGUGAAAGCGUGGAGCUGUCCAGGAUGAAAAAUAACGAUCAUGUUGUGGUCUGCGAUGUUGGCGCGGGAAUCGAUACUCCCCAAGCAAAGACCAACAUCUUGCUACAGGGUUACAUCUCGAGGGCGCAGCCGGAGGAUUUUGCCCUGGGUAAUGAUCUCAACUACGUGGCCCAACAAGCUGGCCGAAUUUGCCGCGCCCUGUUCAUGAUUGCCCUGAAUAGAAGAUGGGGUCAUCAGUGCCUGGUUCUCCUGACCUUGUCCAAGUCCAUCGAGAAACGAAUAUGGCCGUUCCAGCAUCCUCUCCACCAGUUUGACCUGCCCAAGCCGGUAUUGAACCAGCUCGACGCCAAGGAGUCACUGACCAUCGAGGCCAUGCGCGAUAUGGAACCUGCUGAGAUCGGCAGCCUUGUCCACAACCAUAGUGCAGGCACGAAGAUCGCCAAGAUCCUGAACAAUUUCCCGACCGUCAACGUUGAAGCUGAAAUUGCGCCCUUGAACAGGGAUGUUCUGCGAAUCAAGCUCUUCGUCUACCCCGAUUUCCGUUGGAAUGACCAGGUUCACGGGACGUCAGAGUCCUACUAUAUCUGGGUCGAGAACUCGGAGACAUCCGAGAUCUAUCACCACGAAUUCUUCAUCCUUAACCGGAGGAAGCUGCAUGACGAGCAUGAGCUCAACUUUACUAUUCCCCUAGCGGACCCCUUGCCGACCCAGAUCUACGUGAGAGCAGUCUCCGACAGAUGGCUGGGGGCAGAGACGGUGACCCCUGUCUCCUUCCAACAUCUGAUCCGACCAGACACCGAGAGCGUGUACACCGACCUCCUGAACUUGCAGCCGCUUCCAAUCACGGCGCUGAAGAAUCCGAUAUUGGAAGACAUCUACAGCCAACGGUUCCAGUUUUUCAACCCCAUGCAAACGCAGAUCUUCCACACGCUGUACCACACGCCGGCGAACGUCCUUCUUGGCUCUCCAACCGGCAGUGGAAAGACGGUCGCUGCCGAGCUGGCUAUGUGGUGGGCCUUCCGAGAACGUCCGGGUUCAAAGGUGGUGUACAUAGCUCCCAUGAAGGCUCUCGUGCGAGAGCGAGUGAAGGACUGGGGGAGACGCCUGGCACAGCCGAUGGGGCUGAAGUUGGUGGAGUUGACUGGAGACAACACCCCCGAUACUCGCACAAUCCAGGAUGCCGACAUCAUCGUCACUACUCCCGAGAAGUGGGACGGCAUUUCUCGUAGCUGGCAGACGAGAGGCUAUGUCCGCAAGGUCAGCCUUGUCAUCAUCGACGAGAUCCAUCUCCUGGCAGGCGAUCGCGGGCCCAUUCUGGAGAUCAUUGUGUCCAGAAUGAACUUCAUCGCCGCCUCGACUAAAAGUUCUGUCCGGCUCUUGGGCAUGUCGACCGCUUGCGCCAAUGCCACCGACCUGGGCAACUGGCUCGGCGUCAAAGAAGGCCUGUUCAAUUUCAGGCACUCGGUCCGACCGGUUCCCCUGGAGCUGUACAUUGACGGGUUCCCAGAAGCUAGGGGCUUCUGCCCCCUAAUGCAGUCUAUGAACCGCCCGACCUUCCUGGCGAUCAAGAACCACAGCCCGGACAAGCCAGUCAUCGUCUUCGUCCCGUCCCGUCGCCAAACCAGGCUGACAGCCAAGGACCUCGUCAACCUAUGCGGCAUGGAAGACAACCCCAGGCGAUUCCUCACCAUGGAUGAAGAUGACCUCCAGCUCAAUCUCUCAAGGGUAAAAGACGACGCGUUGAAAGAAGCCAUAAGCUUUGGAAUUGGCCUACAUCAUGCUGGUCUGGUCGAGUCUGACCGGCAGCUGGCCGAGGAGCUCUUUCUGAACAACAAGAUCCAGAUUCUCAUCGCCACGAGCACACUUGCCUGGGGCGUGAACCUCCCGGCCCAUCUCGUCGUGGUCAAGGGAACGCAAUAUUACGACGCAAAGAUCGAGGGAUACAAGGACAUGGAUCUCACAGAUGUGCUGCAGAUGCUGGGUCGAGCCGGCCGACCGCAGUUUGAUACUUCUGGUGUGGCUCGGAUCUUGACCCAGGAUUCGAAGAAGGACUUCUACAAACACUUCCUACACACGGGCUUCCCCGUCGAGUCGUCGCUUCACACCGUCCUGGAUAACCAUCUCUGCGCCGAGGUAUCCGCAGAAACCAUUGUCACAAAGCAGGAUGCCCUGGACUAUCUGACCUGGACCUUCUUCUUCCGGAGGCUGCACAAGAACCCAUCAUACUACGGCCUUGAGAUAUUGGCCGAAGAGCAUAACAGCACCGCCGCACAGCAACUUGCCAACGAUUUUAUGAUCGAGAUGGUUGACACAUCGCUCAAUGAGCUUGCCACGUCCAAGUGUGUCGAGGUCUACCCCAACGGCGAUGUCGACCCUACGCCAAUGGGCAAGAUCAUGAGCUACUACUACCUCUCUCACAAGACCAUUCGCCAAUUGGCCAGCCAUGCGAAACCCAAGGCAACCUUCGAGGACGUGCUAUCCUGGAUGUGCCGGGCGACCGAGUACGACGAACUGCCCGUCCGACACAACGAGGACCUUAUCAACGCCGAGUUGUCCAAGAACCUGCCCCUGCCCGGCACCUCAUUCGAUAUGCCCAUGUGGGACCCCCACGUCAAGUCAUUCCUCCUCCUCCAGGCGCACAUGUCACGUAUCAACCUCCCAAUCACCGAUUACGUCGGCGACCAGACGAGCGUCCUCGACCAGUCAAUCCGAAUCAUCCAGGCAUCCAUCGACGUGAUGACCGAGUCGGGCUACCUCUCCAGCACUCUGGAGUUCAUCAAGCUCCUGCAGUGUAUAAAGAGCGCCCGCUGGCCAACAGACCCCCCACUCUCCAUCCUGCCGACCGUAGACGAGAACACCAAGAACAGGAUGCCCCUCCACGAGCUCAGCAAGCUCAAGCCCCCGCAGCUGCAGAAGCUUGCACGCGAGCUCUCCGUCCCCAGCAGCCAGCAGGCGCGCUUCGCCAGGGCCGCGGCCGCGAUCCCCAACGUCGGCGUGUCGGUGGAGCAGGCCAAGUCCCUCUCGCUGACCGUGUCGCUCAGGCGGCUCAACCCGGUCGCCGAGCGGGAGGCGCGCAUCUACGCGCCGAGGUUCCCCAAGCCGCAGACCGAGGGCUGGUUCGUCAUCGUGUGCGACGUCGCGAGGGACGAGAUCGUCGCGGUCAAGAGGGUCGGCUGGAGCCAGGGCCCCGGCAGGAGUGUCGGCGUGGGCUCGAGGCCGGCCGCUAGGGCGGUGAUCAAGUUGCCGGAUCCCGAAGGCGGCCAGGCGAGGAAGCUUGAUGUCCUGGUGCUGAGUGAUGGCUAUGUCGGUAUGGAGUAUCGGGUGCUUGGGGUCGAAAUCCCGGCCUUCCCUGUCGUCGGUGAUGAUAUCCAGGGGGCAAAGGAGAGUGGCGGUAAGCCGGGCCCUGGGCCUGGUAUGGCUUCGGCAUAGGUCUAGUUCCUUCAGAUCUAUGGUAGGUUCACCGUACCUACUAGAGAAUGCCAUAUCCCUCGGCCCACUUAGGGUUUGUUACAAGCAUCCUGGCACUCAGUGAUAUUUCCCCCAGCCACGAACCCCCUGUGACUUGAUGGGUUUUUUACCGCCCCAGAACAUCUGUAGGACCUCACCUUGGACGGGAACUCUUUUUGGGGGUUGGCUAGGCAACCUUUUAGGGAGCACCGGAGCAGCAAAUAU